AUGAGAUUUCAGUGGGGCUCACUCGGCUCAGGAAAGGAUACGAUCUGGUUUCCUCUUCUUCCACUCGCUGCCCUGGUGUCUCUGUCAGCCAGAAUGUCCCAUUUUGUGCUGUUUCACUGGAUGAUGAUACAGAUCUUUAUAGCACACACGGUGUCCGACCCCGUUGUCAGAGGGACAGAGGGACAGCCUGUGACACUGCCCUGCUCCUACCGCGUGACGCGGCGCAAGGGCAUCUCCGACAUGUGCUGGGGCCGGGGCCCCUGCCCCAGUUCAAAGUGCACUAACAAAAUCCUGCACACCAGCGGCGCCGAGGUGACGUUCAGAGCAUCCCAGAGGUACAGCCUGCGCGGGUACGUUGCCUUCGGAGACGUGUCGCUGACCAUUGGGGCGGCCAGGGCGGAGGACGCGGGCGUGUACUGCUGCCGGGUGGAGAUCCCCGGCCUCUUCAACGACAUCAAACGGAACGUUCGCCUGGAGGUGGCCAGAGCACCUCCAGUGACCACAACCACCACCACCACCACCACCACCACCACCACCACCACAGAAGCUCCUAUUUUCUCCGAACAUUUUAGAGAAACAACUUCUGCUCCUCAGGCAACCUCUGAUCUCCAGCCAACACUAGAGACUACAGUCCUGCUGACAACCAGCACCCCUCCACCAGCAACCACAGCCCCCAAGUCUCCAGCAGCAACUACAGGGGAGACCUCUGCUCCCCCAACAAUUGCUGGGACAGAAAAUUAUAUUUUUCCUUUGACUGUGGUGGAAAUGAGUGCUCUCCCAGAUUUUCCAACCACUUCCCAAGCAGCUGAUGUGAUGACUGAAGAUGACAUGUUCUGCUCCACGCUCCCUGGAAGCGCAGAGGAGGUUUCAGCAAAUUCAGAUGGCAGUGCUGGGAAAUAUGAAGAUAGAGGAGAUAAGUUUCCCAGCUCUGCCAUUCUCAUUGCCUGUGUCCUAGUGGGGUCCAUCCUUUUCUUACUGAUGGUCUCGUUGGUUUGGAAACGUAAACAGACAAAGAAGUUUAUAGUAAAAAGUGUUGGACCACCAGAAGAGAAUGACAAAGUUUUCAGUGGUGCUGAAGGAGAAAACAACAUUUUUUCCCUGUGAAGAGCUCCUACAUUACCUGCAGAUGCCAUGGGAAAUAAAAAGGGCCUGUUCCAAGCUGCACUGAGAGACAAUUGUGAGCCCUCAAAAUAUCAGCGGGUACAAAACAAAGGCCAAAGCUUCAACUAUGAAAAUUUAAAAUCUUUGUGCAAAUUUUCCCAUAAAACUCACUGCAUAAAAAAGCUUAUUUGAGAAGGGGCUUUAUGCAUUAUUCAUGGAUACUUCUGGCAUCUGCCUUCUUACUAGCACCGUGUUGCACAAUUGAAUUUGUUUUUCUCCAUUUUUACUAAUGCUCUUCCUUGAAUACAACUUGUACUCCGAGGAACAGAAGAGAUCACAUGGAAGGCUGCCUAUCUUCAAAUUGCCAUAAAGAAAAGGAAUCAUAAAAUACAGAUUUUAAUGCUUUUAUGUAAUCAACAGAAAAAUUAAGCAACAAGAAUGCUGUGAGUUUAAAUCAAAAAUGCAGAUUACUUAAGGGUUAUCACUACAGCCUGUGAUUCAGCAUGUUUGAAUAACCCUUGGAGAAUAUGUUAAUAAA